AGUCUAGCCACAGAAGUUAGCGAGUGCAGUCACCACAUCGCUAGUGCUUAUCGAUAAAACCAGCAAGUCAUCGAUUUUAGACCGAAGCACUCUGCCAACUGCUGCGCACGGUCACUCUGCAUAAGUAUUUCGUACCGUUUGGACGAGAAAACAUAGAGAAGAGAAAAACACAAGCUCAGCAACGCAUCGAUAUUCGGCACAGUCGCAAGAGCAAAACGAAGUGACAGAAGCUGCGUUUCUUAGCCAAUUACCUGUUCAUUGCAAUCAUGAAGUUCCAAUACAAGGAGGAGCACGCCUUCGAGAAGCGUCGCGCCGAGGGCGACAAGAUCCGUCGCAAAUAUCCAGACCGUGUGCCCGUCAUCGUCGAGAAGGCUCCCAAGGCGCGCAUCGGUGAUUUGGACAAGAAGAAGUACCUGGUGCCUUCCGACCUGACCGUCGGUCAGUUCUACUUCCUCAUUCGCAAGCGCAUCCACCUGCGUCCCGAGGAUGCCCUCUUCUUCUUUGUGAACAACGUCAUUCCACCAACAUCGGCUACCAUGGGCUCCCUGUACCAGGAACACCACGAGGAGGACUAUUUCCUGUACAUUGCCUACUCCGAUGAGAAUGUUUACGGCAUGGCCAGGGUCAACUAACUUUGCUCCGGUCGGAAUGCAUCGGAAAGGAGCCACCCCUAUACAGAAAUCUAUAUAUAAAUAAAAUAUAUUUUGUGUUUAGCAUGCAAGCUUAAAAUAUGGACGGCGAGUUAGCUAAACGAAUUGAGGAAAACCGCAGGAAAUGCCACAUGAAAAGAACUUGAAAUUGAUCUGAUACGCAGGGCAACAAAAAAAAAUCCACAAAAACCGAAAACUACAAAAAGAAUUGUUAUGUGAAAAUUAUUUUAUAUAUAUACAUUUUCUAAACGCGUUAGUAUUUCAAUUAAACUCUGCUUUGUGACCUACCCAUUAACCAAGCAACCAACCAACCAACUUUACCCCCAAAAAACAGAUCUAUUCACACCCUUUCUGGGCCAUUUAAUUUCCAUUGCUGUACUUGAUCCGUGCGAAUGCUUUGUACUUUAUCUUUGUUCGCUAAUAUUUCAAUGAUUUCACUAUUUUUUUUUUUUUUAUUCACGAUACAACAAAAUUCUGUGCAUAUUUAGUGUGUAUGGUUACGAAUAGGACUCUCUCGGUUAAGUGUACGGUAAUUAAUCUAUUAUUAAAUAAACAAAAAAACACAAAAAUACA